AAUCUUCCUGUCUCAACUGUCUUCCAGUGAUGUUCGCUCGCUAUCCAUGGCCCGAAGGACAAGACUUCGAUAGCCUUCGCCAAUCGUCAGCGGCUCCUGGACCGUCCACGCUGGUUCCGUCCGAGUCCAGUGUCAGUUACCGAGGACGAAUCAAAUGGUUCAGUUCUACCAGACAUUUUGGCUUCAUCAUCGUGGAUCCUUCAGAAGAGGAGAUAUUUUUUCAUCAGUCAAACAUUCGCGGAAUUCUCACCCCGGAACUCACUCCCAACUUCCCAGUUUCUUUCAUGAUACGAUUAACUUCCAAGGGCCCGGAAGCAUUCAAUGUCCGACCAUACGAAGAGAUUCCCACGUUUACAUACCCACAUUUGUCACGCACAGAAUCUCGACCCCAACUGGCUGUUCCAAGUUCGAGCAUGAGAAGACCCUUGGGAGUUCAUCCUCGACGGUCUGUGAUAAGACCAACCAGACGAUUUCGCUGUUAUAACUGUGGUCAGUACGCAUCUCAUAAAGCAGCUUUUUGCCCCAUGGAACCGAUGCGCAAGUGCUGCUACCGGUGUAGAAGUUCCACUCAUCUGUUGGCCGACUGUCCCUUACCACCGGCGUCUUUUCUGCAGCCACAACGUUUCGUAAGCCCAUCCACACCGUUCACUACUGAGGCCGGAAUUAGCAGUGAACACCGAUCACCAGUUCUUCGAAAAUUAUAGCACUUUGCAAGCGGAUCAUUUCUAGGAUAUAUUUGUAUCCACAUCUUUGUUUGUUCGUUUUCUGUGAUGUUAAAGCGUGUCGUUGUUGGAAAAGUCCGAUUUUUAUUUCCAGGGACAGGUUUUGUGUUCUUUUAGCAUCUUUUAAUUAAAAUGAAGAAAACGAAUACGCACAUCUCCGAUCACAUGAGUAUAGGCAUUUCAUUUGCCUCCCACCAUGAAUAGGCUCACUGAGAUACUGCCAAGAAAGAGCUCAACUCGUCACAUUUUUUCAUGGACUCUAGAGUCCGCCCAACAUACCAUCGACCUUCAUGCAUUCGAAUACGCGCACUACCCCGAAUUUUUCCCGCUUUUCCACAGGCAGUGAAACGAUCCUUAUUUCAUACUAUUUGUGGCACUGUUUGUUUUAUGCUGUAGUUUUUGUUUACUGUUCCUUCCCUCAGAACUUUUGCUACGCAUUUAGUAUACUACGGUAGAGAACAUGUUAAUCAGAUGUGUUGCUGGUCAUCGCAAACUCGAUUUUUGAACAAUUGCUGGGUACAAUUGCAAUCUUUAAGAUGAUUCUAUCUUCCUUCACGUUGUUUUGUCCUUGUUUAUUUUUCUGCUUAUUGAUGCAGUUCGUUCGGUGCAUCUCUACCUG